AUGGGAGACAAAACCGCACCCGCGCCUUACAGGCUGUCAGAAAACCCGACCUACGGAUUCGUGGGGAUCGGCGUCAUGGGAUACGGCAUGGCGAUGAAUCUCCGCGCCAAGAUCCCUCAAACCGCCGGGUUCGUGCUGUGUGAGAUCAACGAGGCGAGAAGGGAGCAGUUCAUCCAGGAGUGCAACCUGCCCGUCGAGGUGGCGCAUUCUCCGAAAGAAGUCGCAGAGAAGGCUGAUAUCAUCAUAACCAUGCUACCGCGCGCACCUCACGUCCACGAAGCCUUCACAAACCCCGAAACAGGCUUCCUCUCCGGUGUCUCUCCCGCCGCCGACACGGCCCCGAAACUGUUUCUUGAAUGCUCGUCGAUUGAAGUAUCCACGUCAACCACUCUCGCGCGUCAAAUCCACUCUCAGAAUCUGGGUGUAUUCGUCGACGCCCCCGUCUCCGGUGGUCCUCAGGGUUCAAACGCCGGUACAUUGACCUUUAUGGUCGGAACCCCCAGCGAGGAGAUGUUCAAUGUGGUGAAGCCGAUCCUGGCCAUGAUGGGUAAGGAGGACAACAUCUACCAGUGUGGAGGACUGGGCGCAGGGUUGGCGACGAAGCAGUUGAACAACUAUCUAGGUUAUGUUGGUUACUUGGGCUUAUGCGAGGUCAUGAACGCCGGCUUGUUGUACGGUCUAGACCCGAAGGUCCUGUCGAACGUGAUCAAUGCUUCCUCCGGCAUGAAUUGGAACAGUCUCCACCACAACCCGGUGAAAGGCGUCAACCCAUCCGCCUCCUCCGCCCGGGAUUUCAAAGGCGGCUUCACGACAGAGUUGGCCGGCGGUGUCAUCGACGACGCUGUGUCUUUGAUGGAUUCCGUGGGCGCCGAAACCGUCUUGGCGGAACGCGUGAAGAAAGUGUUUGACGAGGCACGGAAGAAUGAAAAGUGUAAAGGUAUGGAAGCACGGAGUGUGUGGAGGUUGUUUGCCGAGGAUGCGGGACGAGAUGUGAGGGAUCUGUAG